CCGAUCCCGCCCAUUUCCACAGGACGAUGCUGGAGUGAAAACUUUGAGUUAGAAAACGGUCGCUCUUUAUAUCAUAAUUAGGUCACUGGUGCAGUAACGACUACGACAAGACGGAAUAUUAUUUUUAUUAUGGUGUGAAACCAGUUCCAUCUUCAGCACUGUAACACUUGAUUGCCGGGGCCUGAGGGGUGACGGCAUGGCGGAGGGCGAUGAAAGCACAGGAGGGGAGUGGAAAGAGAAAUGCAUGGCCCUCGAGGCCCUGCUCUUUAAGUUCCGUGGACAGAUGAGCGUGAUCCGAGAGCUCACGGCAGAAAAGAUGCAGCAGCUGGAGACGCAGGUACUGGAAGCAGAGCGGCGGGCACAUGAGGCCAACCAGCAGGUGCAAUGGAUGGAAGAGCGUCUAAAGGCAUCAGAUAUCCAGUCGAGUAAUUCAGAGCUGCCGCUGUUCAGGCGCUGUCAAAAUCUUCAAGCGCUACUGCAAGAGAAAGACAAGCUUAUUGCCACCCUUGAGCAACAGCUGGAGGAACAGAAACAGAACCGAAUCCAAGAUGCCAAGGCGGUUGAAGAAAAAGCAGCCAAAAUCAAAGAAUGGGUCAUGAGGAAGUUGAAUGAAUUUGAUAUAGAGAAUGCCUCUCUGAGAGAGAUCAACCAACAACAGGAGGCUGAGAUACAAGACCUGAGAAGACGACUGCAAGCCAUGGAGCUGACUUUGGGUUCUGGUGGCCCAGUGCAGCCCAAUGUGGGUGAGGCCCAGCGGCUCAGCAGUCUGACUUUUGGCUGUUUCCAAAUUAGAGGGAAGAGCCCUCAGGUACUGACGGGCCCAGAGCCAUCCAAGAAGAGCAUCAGCACCCUGCCAGAUCGUGACCCCACACACAAAGACUGCAGGAGACCCUCUACUGAUUCUAGAAUGAAACAAGAAUGUCCAGAAACAGAGUGUGUUGGUCGUUGCCCUAAGACAGGAUCAGAGGACGAGGAUGAGCGGGACAGUACCUGUGGUGGCUCCUCUAUCCUGUCCAGUGCUGCCUCGGAAGGGGAGAGGAGUCUGUUUGGAGGUUUGCGUUUCAGUCGACCCGCCAGUGAGACCUACCACACAGCCUCAGACGACAGCAGCUCGCUGUUUGACGAUGACAUGCAGCGCGUGGAGUGCUCCAGAAUUUGCCUUCCUGGCACCAAAAGCGCUUCAGAAAAAGACAACGAGAAGGUGGACACUGAGGAUGGAUCCUCAGAUGAGCUGAACAAACGCUUCCAGUCACAAAGGCUUGAUUCUUCGUCAUCCUCCAGUGACACAAACACUCCUAGCUCCAUAUUAACUCCAGCUCUCACACCAAAGCGGCCCACCCCAUCCCAGGACUCCCAAGACACCCCAGCCUCCCCCAAACAGCCCCGACUGCGCAAUCCAAACACGUGUAAUGUUAGUUUGGCAUUGGCUAAAAAGCAUCUGAGUCAGCCUCCGCUGUACAGUGAAGCUGCGCAUGGGCGGACACGAAACGCCUUCAGCAUGCUACGUCCUCUACAGCCUCAGGAAACAGAUAUGGACCAAGAGCAAAAGAUGGAGACUGGUGAACGAGAGCAUGCUGAUGUGUCUGCAGCUGAAGUGCCACCCGAGGAACCAGAAACACCCGACGCCUCUGCAGCUGUGCCCGGGAAUAAACCUCCGACCCCUCCACUGCACAGACUGCCCUCUUGGGAGAGCAGAAUAUAUGCUGUGGCAAAAUCUGGAAUUCGUCUGUCAGAGACAUCGUGUACAGAUGUAGCUAAUAAAGACUCCUCCCACGCAUCCUCAUGCCCCGCCCACAUGCUCUACACGUCCCUCAUCUACAGGAGCACAAGCACACCUGUCUUUGCCACACACAAAGGGAAAGCGACUUUGUUAAGCAACAGUGAGUUCUCCGAGGAGUCGUCUAGUUCUGAGGAGGACAGUUCGGAGGAGUGUCAGUCUAACUCUGGAGAGGAGGAGAACUCCCAGACCUCUGGAUCAGAGUCACACAAGAGCAGUAGCCAUGAAAGCCCCCGCUCACUUAAGAGAGCUGUGUCAUUGUCUUCUAUGACAUCUGAGAGUGACUACGCCAUCCCUCCUGAUGCUUACUCCACUGACACAGAGUGCUCUGAACCUGAAAACAAACUCCCAAAGACCUGCUCCUCCAGCACUGACAACGGCAAGACUGAGUCUAUGGAGAAAUCUGGGUACCUGCUCAAGAUGGUUAAGACAUGGAAGAAAACGUGGAAGAGACACUGGUUUGUUCUGAAGGAUGGGGAGCUUCUCUACUACAAAUCACCAAGUGACGUGAUCCGUAAACCCCAAGGUCAGAUUGAGCUGAAUGCAUGCAGCACUAUAGCUCGUGGUGAUGGCAAGCAGAUGCUUCAGGUGGUGACAGGUAAGAGUGUGUGUAAUCUGAAGGCAGAUUCCCCAAACCUGCUGGAGGAGUGGCUGAGGGUCCUGCAGAGUGUCCUGAGGAUCAAAGCUGCUAGUCCGCUCUUCACUCACCCUGACACACGGCCCAUUAUGAAAGGACAUCUGACAAAGGUGAAGCAUGGCUACUCUAAGCAUGUGUGGUGUGCACUGUUUGGGAAGACUCUCUACUACUUCAGAAAUCAAGAGGACAAGUUUCCUCUGGGUCAGAUCAAACUGUGGGAGGCUCGUGUGGAGGAAGUGCAUAAGUCAUGUGACGUAGCUGAAGUCUCUGCUCAGUACACCCUCUCCAUUCAGUCAGUGAAUCAGGACCCGGUAUACCUGCUCAUCGACUCUCCUUAUGAGAAGACGUCCUGGCUGUACCAUCUGUCUGUGGCCGCGGGCAGCGCAGUGGAGCAGGUGGGGACUGAGUUCGAGCAGCUGCUUGGUAAACUGCUCCGCAUAGAGGGAGAUCCAGGGUCUCAGCUCUGGAGACACCCGACGCUCUGCUUCACUAAUGAAGGACUGUCGUCUCCUCUCACCACCCUUCCUUCACAAGCUCUACAAACUGAAGCCAUCAAGCUCUUUAAGACGUGUCAGCUCUUCAUUAACGUGGCCAUUGACACUCCAGCCAUAGAUUAUCACGUGACUCUUGCCCAGUGUGCUCUCCAAGUGUGUCUCACCCAUCCAGAGCUGCAGAACGAGAUCUACUGCCAGCUUAUCAAACAGACACAGAAGACGCCGCCGUACGGACCGCCGGGAACCCUGCAGGGAUGGCAGUUCCUGGCUCUGUGUGUCGGGCUUUUCCUGCCCACACCCCCUAUUCUUUGGUAUUUGCAGGUUCAUCUCAAAAGGCAUGGAGAUUCCAGGACUGAAGAAGGGAAGUAUGCCAUUUACUGUCAGCGCUCACUGGAGAGGACGCAGCAGAAGGGGGAUCGGCAAGCCCGAUCGUCACGAACGGAGAUCCUGUCAAUCUUACUCAGGAACCCUUAUCAUCACUCUCUGCCUUUCAGCGUCCCUGUACACUUCCUAAACAACACCUACCAGGUUGUUAGUUUUGAUGCUUCAACCACAGUGGAGGAGUUUCAGAGUCGUCUGAACCAGGACACGGGCAUGAGGAAAACUGCUCAGUCUGGUUUCAGCCUUUAUUCUGACGACCCCACUGGCAAAGACCUUGAGCACUGUCUUCAGGGAAACCUAAAGAUCUGUGACAUUAUUUCAAAAUGGGAGCAAGCCUCGAAGGAGCAGCACACAGGCAAAUCAGAGAACGCCAGGACGGUGAAACUCACUUAUAAGAAUCGGGUAUACUUCUCCCAGCAGAUGAGAGGGGAGACCGAGAGAGAGCGCUUGCUUCUGGCGUACCAAACAAAUUUGGAAAUUACAGCUGGUCACUUCCCUGUCAACAAAGAGCUUGCUUUAGAAAUGGCCGCCCUGCUUGCUCAGGUGGAGUUUGGGGACUUUGAGCGUCCAUUUAGUCCAGGUCCUUCAGGAGCUGCACAGACCAAAUCUAACCAGACCCUGAAACAGGUUCUAGAGCGCUUCUACCCGAAGCAUUACCGACACUCCUGCACUGAGGAACAAAUGAGGCAGUUGCUGCAGAGGCUCUCUGCCCGAUGGGCAUCUCUGAGGGGUCGGAGUUCAUCAGAGUGCAUACGAAUUUACCUAACCGUGGCUCGCAAGUGGUCAUUUUUUGGAGCCAAACUAUUUGAGGCUGAGUCCGUGACUCCAUCACAGAAGAACGUGCGUGUAUGGCUGGCAGUACAUGAAGAUGGAGUCAGCAUGCUAGAGUUCAACUCUGUAAAAGUCCUUGCGUCCUACCCUUAUAAAAGCAUCGUGACAUUUGGAGCGUGUGGUCAGGACUUUAUGCUGAGUUCUGGCACAAACACAUCCAAAGAUAAGUCUACAGAGAAGCAUCUGUUUGCCAUGGCCCCGUCAAAGGUUCGAGACGUGACGUUGCUCAUAGCCAGCUACAUUAACUGCACACAACAACGAAAAGCAGCAGCGCACCACCUGUCCGCCCCAGCCCUGCUGCUGGCUCUAUCUGGAGAGAUGAAGAAGAGCAAGGAAUCGAGGAGCAAGUCUCCUCCAGCCGCCUGCAAACCCAGCAAAGCACCCACCCUCCUUUAAGUAUACAGCACGUGUUAGUGUUCACUCAGGACAUACGUCAGUCCAUUCCCUAGUUCACUAAUUGAUCCCAGUUCAAAAUCCCUGGCUGGUGUCCAAAACCAUAUUUACAAUACACCGCUUCACAUCAAAUGCAAUCUGAAAAUCAUCUAACACUUCCUGUUGUGGCUGAGGGUGACAUAACUGACAGUAGUUCUUAACAUUAAAAGUCAAGUCAUGUUCCUUUUCCCAAAAAUAAACAAAACAAAUAGUACUUUGCAUUUAGAAGUGAACUACUUUUGUUUUGUUUGUUUGCACUGUGACAUUUUUAUGGCAUUUUCCACCAAAUUGUCAUUAACAUGUUUUGUCCAGACAUUGUACUUUUUGAGAGCUUUUUUUUUUUUUGUAAUGCACAUUCGCAAUUCUCAUGUGUGUGUGUGUGUAUGUGUGUGUGUGUGUGUGUGUGUGUGUUAAAAAAGCAACAAUACUGUACAAAACACUGUGUAAUUUAUUAAUUUAUGCUUACUUUUACAAGUAGACAGAGGUUUGUACAGUAUUGGUGUCUUUUAAUUUGAAUCAUGAAUUUUGGUAAUGCAAUUUUUUUGGUUGAAAUGUGCAUAAAAGUCAAGAAAAUGUCAAAGGAUCUUAAUUUUUCCCUAAGCCAAAAAAAAGUAAAAUAAAACAUUUGAGUUAGGAAUGAAAUAUGGCCAAAACUGUUCUUCAGUUUUCAUGAGACUCACCCAACUACUUUAAUUUUAGGCUUUACCAACAAUUUCUUUUGUAAGAAAUUAGGGCUGGGCGAUAUGUGAAAAUUAAAAAUUAAAUAAAAAAAAUUAACUAGUCAACAUGAAAAUUCAACUGCAACAUGAUUCAAGUAACUUGUUCUUUCUUAACCCUCUUAUUAAAGAAAAUUCUAUUCCAAGUGCAGCACACAUGAAGUUUUCAACAUGAUGUAAAUGUUAACUACAUCUUAUAGAAACCUGUCUAAUACAUAUUAUAUGUUCAGAAAUAAUACAAGAAAAAUACUUUUUUUAAAAAUUUAAAUCGAAUUAAUCGAUAAAAUCAGAAAAAUCACCCAACCCUACAAGAAAUAUAGAAACUCAAAACACUAAGUUUCCCUCUGUCAUUAUAUUAAAUCUCAUCUCACGUUAGCAUGAUGAAGCAUGUAGAAGGAAUCCACAGAUUAAGAUAAAACAGGAAGUGCAUUACAAAGAAUACAUGUGGUCUUUGAAAGCCAACAUGGAGUCAUAUACCGUAGGACGGCUGAGGUGUUUUUGAGAGAACAUAUUGUACUGGUGUAAUGAAUAUGGUGUGUGAGAUUCAUAAAAGGAUUCACUGCAGAAGAUAGAAACUGUAAGAUUUUGUUUUGUUUUUGUCUUUGUUUUGGAAUACCAAAAUAUUAUACUGACAUAAUUGAACAAGUGACACAGAUAAUGUCAUAGCAAAUUGUAUUUAUUUAUUUCUAAAGUGUAUUUUCUAUAAUUAUCUAUUAUGCAGCUUUAAAUAAAUGUCCUUACUUAAAAAAAG